CCGCGGCACCCGUCCCCCAGCCGCCGCCACACCCCAGCCCCACCGGGGCCAUGGUCGCGGCCGGCGGCAGCCGCUCCGCCCGGGCCGCAGCUCUAGCCUGACCCUGGCUGCCUCGUGGCCCCCUGGCCCCCACCAUGGAGAACGAGCAGCUCCCUGCCCCGCCGCCCUCCAGCAGCGCCGCUGGCACUGCCACCACCCCCAGCAGCACUGGCACUGCCCGCCCACCUGCUCCCCAGAUCUCUGUCUACAGUGGCAUCCCCGACCGCCAAACCGUCCAGGUGAUCCAGCAGGCGCUGCACCGGCAGCCCAACACGGCGGCGCAGUACCUGCAGCAGAUGUACGCAGCGCAGCAGCAGCACCUGAUGCUGCAGACCGCAGCCCUCCAGCAGCAGCACCUCACCAGCGCCCAGCUCCAGAGCCUGGCUGCCGUCCAGCAGGCCAGCCUGGCAGCCAACAGGCAGAGCAGCUCCUCGGGUGGCAACGGCACCCAGCCGGCGCCGGCACAGCAGCCCACGAUCAACCUGGCGACGUCGCCGGCGGCCGCGCAGCUGCUGAACCGGGCGCAGAGCGUGGCACCGGGCACCUCGGGCAUCGCGCAGCAGGCAGUGCUGCUGGGCAACGCUGCCUCCCCUGCCCUCACUGCCAGCCAGGCACAGAUGUACCUGCGGGCACAGAUGCUCAUCUUCACACCCACGGGCCCUGUCAGCGCUGUCCGCCCCGAGAGCCCCGCGCCAGCCCCUCCACCGGCCCCGCCGCCUGCCCCCCAGCCCGCUGCCCCCCAGGUGCACAGCCUGGCCCUGCGCCCCACCGGCCCCCACCUCCCUACCCUGGCCAUGAAGCCCCCUGGGGGUACCCCACCCCGGGCUGGCCCUCCCCGGGGCCCCCCACCUGACCCUCCUGCCGAGCACCUCAAAAAGGCCGAGGGGCAGGAUGCCCGCGCCCACCCCCUGGGUCGCGCCAGCGCCCCCACUGCCGCCCACCCGCUCGCCACGCCAGCCUACGCCCCGCUGCAGCCCCCUCAGUUCCUGCAGCAGCAGCAGCCGCCGAAGCCAAUGCAGACGCAGCAGCAGCAGCAGUUCGUCAUCCAACAGCAGCAGUUGGCACCCCGUGGGCAGCCCGCCCAGGGCCCCACUGCCACCCCCCAACUCCAGCCCUUACCCCCUGCCAGCCCCGGCCCACCCCCCCAACCCAAAGUGGGGGUUCCUCAAGGAGCAGGAGGGGGUGAGGGUGGCCCCCCCAACGGGCACCCUGCCUGCCAUGCUGCUCCCCGCAAGUUCCAGCAUGCCUCUGCCGUCAUCCUGCAGCUGCAGCCUGCCGGCCCCACGCCCCCACUCGGGGUCCCCGAGGGCACCCGCCGGGACCCACCACCCGCCCCGAGGAACACCGAGAGCCCGCCCGCCGCCCCGUCGCAGCCCCCCGCCCUCUCGCCGCCCGCCGUCCCCCUGGGCCCUGACAGCCCAGAGGGCGAGCGGACCCCCACGCACGAGCCGCCGGCCGACCGCCUUCAUGCGCAGCCCCCGCCCCUGGCCAGCGUUCCCGGCAUGACCUCGGGCACCGGGAGCUCUGCCGCCACCGUCGCCGGCGCCGCCCCCCACAAUGGUGAGAACAAACCCCCCCAGGCCAUCGUGAAACCCCAGAUCCUCACCCACGUCAUCGAAGGCUUCGUGAUCCAGGAAGGGGCAGAGCCGUUCCCGGUGGGCCGCUCCUCGCUGCUGGUGGGGACGCUGAAGAAGAAGUAUGCGCAGGAGCUGCUGGCGGAGAAACUCCCGCAGCAGGACAACACCACCACCACCGACUCCGAGAUGGAGGAGCCCUACCUGCAAGGUGUCCCUGCACGCCCCCCAGAAUCCAAAGAGGAGGGGAACCCCCCCAAGCUGAAGUGUGAGCUCUGUGGCCGCGUCGACUUCGCCUACAAGUUCAAGCGCUCCAAGCGCUUCUGCUCCAUGGCUUGUGCCAAGAGGUACAACGUGGGCUGCACGAAGCGGGUGGGUUUGUUCCACCCCGACCGCAGCAAGCUGCAGAAACCCGGCGGGGGUCCCCCCCACGGCCGCCGCAGAGCCUGCAAAGGGACCCUGCCCCCCCUCAGCAAAGACACCAAGAAGCAGCCGCCGGUGUCCCUGCCGCCGGGCUCGGUGACGGCGUCGUUGCAGCUGAACCACAGCCAGGAGGACUCGAGCCGCUGCUCGGACAACUCGAGCUACGAGGAGCCUCUGUCGCCCAUCUCGGCCAGCUCCUCCACCUCCCGCCGGCGGCAGGGCGAGCGCGACCUGGAGCUGCGCGACAUGGAGCUGCCCGACGUGCACGUCCGCGACCUGGCCGCCCUCGGGCACCGCUUCCUGCCCAGCGAGCCCAGCAAGUGGAACGUGGAGGACGUCUACGAGUUCAUCCGCUCGCUGCCCGGCUGCCAGGAGAUCGCAGAGGAGUUCCGGGCGCAGGAGAUCGAUGGGCAGGCGCUGCUGCUGCUGAAGGAGGACCACCUGAUGAGCACCAUGAACAUCAAGCUGGGGCCGGCCCUCAAGAUCUACGCCCGCAUCAACAUGCUGAAGGACUCCUAGAGCCGGGCCUUGGGGUGCGGGAGGGGGACACACGCAGCCCCCCGCCCCUACACACACACACAGCACCACCCCCCCGCACCCCAAGAGUAUCUUCCCACCCUGCUCUAGCCAUAGGGAGGAGGAAGAGAAGGCUGUGGGGUAUAGGGGGAUGGGGAAGCCACAUCUGAGCACAACCCAGCCCCGGGGUGCCCCCGCCCCGGGUGUGUACAUAGCCUGUAGCUAUAGCGCCCCCCCCCCCAAAAAAAGGAAAAGUACGGGGGGGUCACCCCCUUUUGUGCAGCAGGGAUGGGGGGUCCCCUCCUCUCCCCUUUUGUUCCCCCCUCCCCGUAACGGCAGGGCGAAGCAGGAUGGUUGCCUUAACGUGUGCCCCCCACACGCCCCCCUCCCCCCCCAGCCAGGAUUGGAGCUGCCAGCCCCGGGGGGGAGGGCAUCAGCCCCUGGAGGGGGAGGUGUGGUGGGGAGCUCGAAGGUGUCAGCCCCACACCCACUGGGGCAGGGCUGGGGGCACCUCAGUCAAAGACAA